UUGGACGAGGUUCAAACUUUCGGCCUUUCGUGGUGUACAGACGCGCUGGCAGCUCGCUUCCGGUGCCCUUCGCUUGAAAUAUCUGGCGUGUACAACGUACCUGUCCGCUCCUCUCCGUCCUGUUUGCAUGAGAGGCGUUUCACGCCUGUCUGACCGGUUUUGUUUCUGAUUUUAUGAACAGGCGCGUAACACACGGCGGAGUAGGACGCCACCCAUGCAACAUGGCGGCGAAACCAAGCCGUUUUCAAAGCGCUGCAAGUUUCAUCUGAGCCGUGUGCGAUGAAGAACGAGACCAUGUGAAAUCCGCCCGCACGUGCCGUUACCUGAUCCCUCCGAGGUUUCGCCCGCCAGUUCGUGAGCGUCGCCUGUCGUUUCAAAACCCAGCGCGCCGUAAGGAAAGUCUCUCCGUUCUUUUGUUUCGCUCGUGACUGCGAGCGAGUGUGUGCCGCUCAAGGAUUGCUUGCGCUGUCACUGUCUUGUCAACGACCUAUGGAUUGCUGGUCUCACUGAUUUUUCCCCUCGUUCCUGGUUGCUUGGAGAGGUAGGCUGGCAUGGAGCGACGUUGGCUUUGGCUUUUUCUCACAUGGCUUCCAGCCUGCAACUCUCUCAGAGGACCUCGAAUCGUCUCAUUGGAGAACUCAACAGAGACCACGCUAGAUAUCAAGUGGACCCCAGUAGCCUCAACAAAUGUCAACCUCUAUACGGUUCGUGCCAGCCCAAUUCAAACGUAUGGCCCCCUGUUGGGUCCAAGCCAGGAGUGGAAGUACACAAGUGCUCGACAAGCGGGCCUCUUGGGCCUGAACCCCGGCACCCUGUACAACGUGAGCGUGUGGGCCGACACGGCUGACGGCCCCAGUGAGACCACUUCGAUAGUGGUUUGGACGGAAGUCGGAGAGCCAGACCUGCCACCUACUGUACAAGUUCUGUCACGUAAUGGCACUCAAAUGGCCGUGCAGCUUUCACCAGGGACAAGUUCCAAAGGUCCAAUUACGGGUUACCGACUCGUUGCAUUUGAGCGGAGUAGCCUUAUGGCAUUCAGCCCAGAGCGGCUGGCAGGGCAUCAAGAGGCUGCUGAGGCCGGCACGCCGUUCUACAUUGCAGCUGAAGUGGGACCAGAGUGGGAAAAUCGAACAUUCGUAUUCGGCGAUGGCCGCUCCUAUGGUGGAUUUGUCAAUGCCCCCCUGUCGCCCAGUGAAGACUACCUUCCAAUUGAGGGCGUUGCCAGCACACUCAACGGGGUAACCAAAUAUGCAUACUCGGUGGAGGGCCCAAGCACGGAACGUAUUCAGCCACCUGUUAUAGUCAUGGACGAGAGGUCACAAGUGCUGUCCUCAUGGCUCUCGGCUGCUACGGCCCUAGGCGCCUGCCUGCUGUUGGCAUUCAUCGUGGCUUACGUCUUUGCUCGGCGCCACUACAGUCGCCGCAGGAGGCGCACGGAGGAGUUGAUGCUGCGCUCUCACCCGAGCCUGGACAUGGACGAUGUCACUCCAUUUAGUGCUGGCUCGCUGCAACUGGGCGAGGGAGCCGACCUGGGAGCGUUCUACACCCAGCUGCGUUCCAUGCUGCCCCUGGUGCCUCGGUCACGACUGCUCCUCUCCGAUACCACACUCGGCCAGGGCCGUUUCGGGCCAGUCCGAGCAGGGUACCUCGUCACAGAGGAUAGCCGAAAGGUGCCAGUGAGCGUGCAACGCUGUCCAGCCGAGUGGACGCUACCUGACCAUGAACGCAGAAGUCUUCUGGCAGAUAUUGAGGGCAUGCUUCGCAUCGGCAGUCACCCCAAUGUGGUCCAAUUCAUGGGCGCUUGUGAAGACGAGCCUGAGCUGCUUCAAUUGGCUGUAGAGCAGCCUUCGAGUUCACUGCGUGGCCUCUUGCUGACCAGUCGCCACGGUGCAGAGGGUCGAGUGUCGGCAAUCCCCGAGGAACGCCUGGUCGGCCUGCUGGUCUCAUUGGCAGCGGGCAUGCACCAUUUGUCAUCCAGAGGGGUCCAGCAUGGCCAAUUGUCCACCCGGAGUGUAACCAUGGUCGAACCACUGAUGCCGAAGAUCAGCUAUUUUGGUCUGGCUCGGUAUAGCCCUCUAGGAAAGAAACUAGACUUCACCCGGUGGUUAGCCCCUGAAACCCUGCGGACUGGAAACCAUACAGAGAAAAGCGACGUGUGGUCCUUUGCAGUACUUAUGUGGGAAACGUUCACCUUAGGUGGAAGUCCCUAUGUGGAUCUAUCAACCUCGGAGGUGGCUGAUCGUGUGAUGCGGGGCCUGAGGCUGACAAGGCCACGAGGAGUAUCGAUUCCCCUCUAUCGCCUCAUGCAACAGUGCUGGCAUCAUCAGGCCAGGGACCGGCCCACCUUCCAAGAACUGCACUGCUCCCUACAGGCAUUACAACCAGACGCCCUGCAGUUCACCUACCACGCCGGAUAUACAUACAACAAGUUCAACCCCCUGGCUGACGAAGCGUGACAAUCCAGCAGAGGCCAUCUACUCCAGCCAUGGCUGCUUGCAAGUGAAGCCCGGUGACCCGGCAGCUACAUUCCAGUGAUCCACAACGAUGGACAGUACUUCCUCACUUGCAGCAGCAUUGUUAAGAAUCUCAAGAAGGGCACUUCAGGGCACACAAGUUUGAUGAAGUGUCGCACAGACGUGUGUUUGUGUGUGUGCGUGUGAAACAGCAUUCACCACAAAGGAAGGGAGGCUUUUGUGUUUGCUAUUCAAGGCGACUCCCAUGUUUGUCAUUGCAUGGAAAGUACAGACAAAAAUAUGUCAGAGUACCAAGCACCAUUAAGUGGCCAUCUAAUGCUACUGUUAGCAAUUAAUGCAAAACUGCAACAGUAAUUCUAAGGGUUUCAUAGAUACUAGAUGAAGCCAAAGCCCAUGGUACAAUGCCACAGAACAUUUGUGACAUGCACUGAUGCAAUACUGACUAUCUACUGUUCAGCUUCUGCCUUCUACCAGUAGCAAGUCAAGACCCUCCAGAGUGUCACACCACCACCAUGCCAAAAGCCUCUCCCACAAGACACAUCAGCUCUUAUUCUUUUUUAGUGUUGUGUUCAUGGUGCACUGACAGCUUCUUUUUUUUUUUUCUUCUUCUUCUUCUUUUACUUGACAUUGACCUCUGACUUCAAUUUUCUUUCUGUAUUCAUGACAGUGACAUAACUUUUGUCACUAGGCACGCUCAAAAACAUAACGAAUAGCUCACUCAGUUUUCUAAGUGACUAAGCAGUGACUAAGCAGCCAUCAAAAUACAACUCGGGUGAUCUGAUGCGAGAUGUGUGAGCCACGUAUGAUGAGCAUCUAAGGUUCUUGUGUAAAGCAAAAGUUAUUUGACCCACCUGUCAUCACAUGGUUGAGCUGGCAGAUGUACAUACAUCCUGUAGCAUGUAUAGCCUAAUGUGGCCAUUUUUGGGCUCAAAAUUGGAUAAGCACUUUUAUAAGCUAGUUUGCUGCUUUAUUCCAGAUUAGCAUUGCUUUUCUUUGUGUGUGUGUGUGUGCUCUGGCCAAGUGUACA